GUUGCCGUCAGUAGUUCGGGUGUUGGCGUCGUCACGCCGCGUCGGUUUCGCGGGAAAAAUUAUCGCACGCACACGCGGACCAUCCACCCAGUGUUCGGACGUCGAAAAAAAAAGCGGAAAUUCUAAACGCCUAUACGGAAACGGGCGGAUUACUGUACACACACGCGCGGGAAGACCAUAAUUGUUCGGGUGUUUGUCUUACGUGUUAUUAUGAUUAAAAUUUGAUUUGAUUUUUCCUCAGAACCGUUUCACGCGCCACCGACGUGAUAACGCCGAGUUUUACUACUCCACGCGAAUACACGAUACGAUAAGGUAAAUAUCGCAUGAAAACGGUCGUUCUCAUAAUAUGUAAAAGCGCAUAUAUAACUAUUGUGGUGAGGGCGAGUACCUAAUGUACCAACGCACUUAUGCCAUCUGUAGUUGUUCGCUUCAAUGGUUCAAAAAAGUGUGUUCAUUCACCGUCUUCCGCUUAAGCAUUUCCGUGACAUCAGUGUGCGAGUAAAAUCUAAAGCAGAGAUCCUCGGCAAGACACAAAACUUUUGUGCUCUCUAUUAGUGUACAUUUUUCAUCAGCAUAAUAUUAUAAUAUAAGAAUCAUGUGACAAAAAKAUACCGAGUUUCACGCUGCACUGUCUACUCACACCUGUCAAAUGAUUAAGUGAUCAGGCGAAUUCGGAGAGCAGCGAGAAUUGUGGACGACCGUAAUGUCCUCCGAGACGGCGCCGAACUGCGGUUACGGGAGCAGCGAAGAAACCGCAUCGCUGCUGGUCAAGAGUCCACCGCCGGYGGUCAGGUCUUCGUCGGUGGCGACCGCGUCCUCUUCCUCGGCUGCCACCACCUCGGCCGCCGCCGGCACUUCCACAUCGUCCGGGAAGCCAGUGUUGACUCGACAGGACUGCACCACGUCACUGAUCCCGCACCACUACCGCAAUUUGCAGAAUGCCACGCCGACGCUCGGCAGCAGCGACGACAGCGGGCCGCCCAACGACGGCGGCGCGGCGGCAAGAUCGGUGCCGGACAUCGAGCUGCACUGUAGGUACUUGGCGGUGUCCCGGUGUCAGUGCCUGAGACGCAAGAGCCAUUGCAUUUCGCGGUCCGUGUCCCGGGAAAGUGUCCGCGGUGGCUGCGGAUCGGUAGGCGGCGUCGCCGGCGUCGGCGGCACUGGUGUCGGCGGCAUGGGCGGUGCAGCCGGUUGCUCGGCCGUCGGUUACGGGUACGGUUACGGCGUCGGUGGCGGUUGCGGCUCGAUCGGCGGCGGCGGCGUCGGAUCCGCAUACGGACUGUCACCGCCGCCGCCCGUCCUGCUCACCACGUCGCCCAGCUCACGGAUCAUCAGGCAGAGUUCGCAACCCGAGGCCACCGGAAGCGCGUCCAUGUGCUCGGGCCACUGUUGCCACAACAUCCACCAUCAGCCCAGCUCGUCGCUGCGACAACUCCGCGACCCGGCCGACAAUAUAGCCAUGAUUGCGGCCGACUCCCUGCGGAUAAAUGGCGCCAUCAGACAAUUCCGACAGGCGGGAAUCCUGCUCUCAGCUCAGACGUUGGCGGCUCAGGGGACUCAGGCGCGUCGGGCACGACUCAGACGUGCAUUGACAGAAGCUGCAAAUUCAGACACAGUUCCAAUCAUCAAAACGGUACAGAAAAAAUAA